GAGUUUGAUCGAUAAAAGUCAAAUGAAAACGUUUGUUAGGAGCUCCCAACUUUUCCAGCUAAUCGGAACGGUGAGCUUUGUCGGCGAUUAGUGAGUGGUUGAGUCGCAGACGGUUAGGUUACACAAGGCGGCUCAAAAUGGAGGAGCUGCAGGACGCCAGCAUCCAUCACAUGACCGCCAAGGUAAUCGGGGCCAUCAAGAACACAAAGUGCUAUGAGCCCAUCUACAAGGAGCUGCAGCGACUCGUCUGCAAUCCCAAUGUGGACACACACGAUAUGCGCAACACCCUCGAGGACGCCAUCAAGGGCGCCGGUUUGGAGACGGAGAUCCGGAACAUUGUCUACAACCUGGUCCGCAGCCGGCUUACCAAGUCGGAUGAUAAAGUGCUUUCCCAUAAACAGACAUCGAAACCCACCGUUAGUGAUCCACUUGGCUACUUGAAGAGAGCUGGAGUCCUUUGGGAUCGUAGGGUUCGAAAAAGCCUGAAUGCCAUGUGCACAGAACUGAAGGUUCCUCUGCAUGGGCAGCCCAGAAUUAGCGCCGAUCGUGAGGACUUCAUGGCCAAGUGGAACGAACUGAGUAACUACAAUAUGGAUUUGGCCAACUACAGACCUGUCUAUGCACCAAAGGAUCUUCUAGAGGUAUUACUCUCUCUGAAGGGACCCGCUAAGACCUCCGAACAUACAGACCAAAUCCCCCAGUGGGAGUUCUCACACAUCGCCUUGCCCGUGAAGAAUCUAUUCGAGCUGCGUGGCCAUUAUGCCGAUCUCCUGCGGAGUGAUAGCUAUCUGGGAGUGCCGGAUCUCACGGUUCAGUGCCAGAGGAUUCUGGAGGGCAGGCAUGCGCCCAUGUGCCAGCAGUUCCUCAAGAAGGGCUGCACCCCGGCUCCAUAUAGGGGAGCUCUCUGGGCCUCCGUGCUGGACAGUAAAUUACACGACUACGACAUUGACUACUGGCAAAAGUUGCGUAAUGCUGUGUGGACCACGGAUCACAUUGUGGACAAACUGGUCUUUAAGGACAUCCAAUUGACGGCCUCCAAUGACGACCAGUACUUUGUGUUCGAGGAUGUAUUAUACCAGGUGCUGCUAUGCUUCUCCCGUGACACGGAUAUUGGAAGCUGCGUCGAUUACGAGACAUUUCCGGUGAAGGGCAAGACGUACGAGGGUCCACCUUCGGGCGUGGUGCCCUUCCACGGUAUUUGCAUGUUCGCCGCACCGUUCUGCUAUCUGUACGACUCACCGGUUAAUCUAUACUAUACAUUCCGGGCAUUCUACAUUCGUUACUGCCAUCGCCUGACCACAAUCAACACACACCCGCAGGGAAUUGUCAGUUUGUGCCUUCUCUUCGAGAAGCUUCUGCAGACAUACGAGCCGCAGCUGUGGUCACAUUUCCGGGAGCUCCAAAUCCAGCCCCUGCGGGUCGUCUUCAAGUGGCUGAUGCGUGCCUUCUCAGGACAUCUGCCACCUGACCAACUCUUGGUUCUCUGGGACCUGAUACUAGGCUUUGAUAGCCUUGAGAUCCUGCCACUCUUUGCCAUCAUUAUUUUGAGCUUUCGUAAGGAAAGCAUUAUGCAGGUGGCCUCUCUGGACAAUAUCGAGGCCAUUCUGGCGGAUCUGUCUUCCAUCAAAGUGCUACCCCUUGUUCAACUAGCACUCAGUAGAGACUGAGGCAUAGGGGUCUCUCUCGUAAUUUGUUUCAAAAUUAAAGUAUUAUUUCAGUGUAUUAUGUAAGAAAAUAGUUCAAGCUUUAACAAA